UUGAGGUUAAGUUAGCGCCAAUUUCAUUGUGACUGAAAAUAUUUCGGAGGAAUGAGAAAUAUAUCAUAGGACGCUCAUAGAAUCACUGGAGAGAGAGUACAAAUUAUCACAUGUCUGAGAGAGAGUGCAUUGAACUAUUGAGGCUUAAUUCAAAAAUAUUUGGAUAAUUCUGGUUACUAAACGAUAUUAAUACUUUGUAUUUUAGGAAUUUAAAUUUUCAAGAAAUUUGACUUAACGACGAUGGAUCCAGAGUUCCUGUCAAGACUGAUUCCUCAAAACAAGGAGCAUGUCCGUCCAGCCUGCAAAAAGUGUGGCUAUGCCGGGCACUUGACAUAUCAGUGUCGUAAUUUUAUUAAGGUGGAUCCGAACAAAGAAAUCGUCCUCGACGUGAGCAGCACAAGUUCGGACAGUGACGAGAAUUAUGUCACACCUUUGACCGAGCUCCGGGAGAAGGAGCUCAAAAAGAAAUUAAAAGACGCCAAGAAAAAGCAUAAGAAAAAGGAGAAGAAGAAAAAGAAGUCGCGGAAGCGAGAGCGAUCGGAGAGCAGCGACUCCGAAUCCGAAGAAUCCUCCACUGAAGAGGAGAAGAAGAAAAAGCACAAAAAGAAGAAAAAGAAGAAGUCUAAACACAAAAAGCACAAGAAGCACAGAAAGCAUAGUUCUUCGCAGAGUGACAGCGAGAGCGAUAAAUGAUGCAGCAGAAAUUGCAUGCAUCAUGUUCAACUGAAAUUAACCGAUCGUGUAUGUACACCUCAAUGCAAUGUAUAUAAACAACCUGUGGUUUUUUUAAGAAAUACUCAACAAUUGUCAGGAAAUAUCUCGCACUCAUCUUCUAUGUUAAUCAUGUACAUAUGUGCAUAUUUAUCAAUUAUAGUUAAAUACAGAUAUUCAGCUAAA